ACAAAUCUUGCGGUGUUCUAAUUCCGUUUGGACGUCAGUGAUAAAGUUCGUUUGUCUCUCGGCAAGUACAUAAAGCAGCAUUUACGACAUCCCAAUUAAAAAUUAAAUGAGCCAAGAGUAAUUGACCUCAGCGAGUUUUAAGACAAAUGUUUAAUUAGAAAAAAAGCAUUUUCUGUAAUAAUUGCUCUGUUAGUUCGUUAGUCAUGAAGAAUGUGUCACACACAUGUACAACAAUUAAUCAUUUGCUUUCACCUGAAUGUUAAAAUUACCUUGACAACGAAAUUGGCAUUGAUCAAACUUGAAAGAUGUCGCAAACCGAUGAAGGUCUCGAAGAUCUUCCCGAGGAUGAAGAAGAAUAUGAAGAAGAAGAGUACGAAGAGGAGGAGGAGGAAGAGGAAGACCAUUGGAGUAUUUACGAUGCGAGUACGUUCAUUUCCGGCCCGUAUCAAAGCGAAAAAUGUACAAUCAACGAAGAUGUUUUAAAAUUUGAUUUUUCGUUUGGUUACAACUGUCGGAAAUACUUUAAUCUCACUUCACCCGAUCCCGACACUCUGAUUUUCGCGUCGGGAAAUUUCAUCAAUUUUUUCGAUGUACUGACGAAAACCAUUUCCUUCCGGCGGAGUGCCUUGGGAGGGGGAAUAGCACAUAUAAAGGCGAAUCCAAACCCGGAAUUUAAUCAUGUCGCUAUAGCAGAGAACGGCAAAAUACCCUUGAUCAUAAUCUACGAGUGGCCAUCCAUGGAGAUCAACUGCGUGUUAAAAGGGGGCUCCUCGAGGCUUUACUCCCAUUUAGAUUUUAGCCCCGAUGGCUUAUUAUUGGUCUCUCAAGGCGGUGAACCCGACUAUCUGAUAACAAUCUGGAAUUGGCCGAAACGUAGGAUCCUUCUUAGGACGAAAUCGUACGUCAACGACGUCAACAGGGUGAAAUUUUCGCCCUAUUGUCCAGGCCAGUUGACCAGUUGUGGUAUAUCCCAUAUUAAAUUCUGGAAAAUGGCCCGGACUUUCACCGGACUUAAACUCAAAGGCGAAUUGGGGCGGUUUGGCAAAACUGAGUUUUCGGAUAUUUUGGGAGUACUCCCGAUGCCGGACGAAAAAGUCGUUUCCGGCUGCUCCUGGGGCAAUAUUUUGGUCUGGGACGCCGGAUUGAUCAAACUUGAAGUUUUUCGGACCUUGAGAAGAAAGUGUCAUGACGGUCCAAUUGUGCAAAUCUCGUACAACGACGGGGAAUUAAUGACGGUGGGAAUGGAUGGGCAUGUUAAAGUCUGGUGGUAUGAAAAAAUCGAUCAAGCUGACCCUCCAGAUGACGACAGAGUAAUUCAAAUCGAACCAACUUAUGAUUUUCACACCGAGGGACUCAUGUUGAUGUGUAUGCGAAAGAGGUAUCCAGAUCCGAAAGAUACGAGUUAUUUCGGACAAGACGGCAAUGGUGGAAUCUGGAUGAUCGACCUCAACACUGAAGAGACACCGAAAGAAUCGGUACAGUUGUAUAAAUGUCAUGCUGGUAAAGUCGUAGCCAUUGCAGCCAGUCCCAAUGGGCCUUUUUUGGCGAGUCUGGGCGAAGAUGGGCGAAUUUAUGUCUAUGCUUACUUAGAAAAGAGGCUCAUUUUUGAUUACCAAUAUCCGGCGAAAGGUACUUGCAUGAUUUGGAUUCCACCAAAGCUUUGCGUCUACGGCGAUGAGCUUUUGAUGGGUUUUGACGAUGGUACUCUCAGAGUGUCAAUUUUGACAAUAACUGAGGACAAAGUCGAAGUCAGGGUCAUACAAACCACUAAACCUCAUGAUAAACCCAUCACCCAGAUUAGUAUAAACCCAUCAAAUACCGUUCUAGUGAGCGGUGGCGAGGACUCGACUAUAUUUUUCUUCCAGAUUAAAUUCACCAUUCAUGUCGAGUUGGUACCGAUAGGUUACAUACGGGUACCAAACCCUGUCACAUGUUUGACAUGGCAUUAUUUGAACCCCUAUGAAAUUCUUGUUGGAUGUCUCCGAGGGGAGAUUGUCCAGGUUGAGGUACCUCAAGAACCUCAAUCGUACACCACGGUCUCGUAUUUGCUCAAUUUGGAACCCAAAGAGAACAAAUUCAAGACUUACAAAGCCCAGAUUCGAAGAGAUUUAAAACUGAAGGAGAUUGAAGCUCGCAAAGCGGAUAAAGUGGCAAAAAAACGUGUCGAGAUGGAAAAAUUGAAAGCGGAAAAUCCGGGUUUAGAUAUUGACGAGGAAGUUUUUCUCGCCGAUUCUGAGACCGAAGAAGAACUGGAACCUUUGUUCAUACCAGAAAUUCCCAAUCGGAUUAUCUGGAUGCAAAGCACCCAAGACGAUACCAUAUGGUUAUCGAUGGGUGGCUACGACGCUGGUUAUAUUUACGAGUAUAAAAUCGAUCAGAAAUCAGAUGUGCCCAAUUUUUUCAAAAUGGUGGACGAUGCUGAUGAUACUGAGAUUAGUAGUUUUGUUUACAACUACAAUCGUAAAUAUUUAAUUUUCGCGAUGGAAAAUGGGGAAAUUCGGGUUAAUAAAAUCACAGAUGGGGAUUACCAUGACCUUUCAGAUUAUUGGUCCUUGGCCAUGCAUGACAAUCAAAAUGGUUUCGUCCCGAACAUGUGCUUCAGUUACGAUGAAAAAUUUUUCUUCACUUGUGGACACGAUGGAAAUGUUUUCUCUUACACUUUUCAACCGGACGAUGAUGAUUAUAUUCCAUUAGAGGAUUAUCCUGUUGUUGAAGAAAGAACCACAUUUCCUAACAGGGUACAAGACGAAGCUAACUAUGAUAAAUUAAGCCUUGAACAGGCUAGUUUGAAAAAAGAACAAGACAGGAUUGAUAGACUUGCAGCCAAACAUCGGGAAAUCUAUCGGGAAAAAUUGCGAAAACUUAGGGAACGAUUUUUCCGACUUUUGAAACGGAAUAAAAAGCUUCUCUCCAGUCAGAUGAUUCCAGUUGAAGAUUUAGAAGUUGAUACACGAGUAACCGAGUAUCUCGAUUGGAAAUUCGAGGAAGAGCAAGCCUUAGUUAAACGAAAGUUAGCUUUCGAUGUACAAAAAUCUGAACUGAGGAUGAAGAAACUACGCAAAUAUUUCGUCGAUAAUUUGUAUUUUAUUCCGUUUAUUGUGAGUGGUCUUCGAAGCGAAAGAAGGGUCCGAAUGUUACGUCAGAGAAGAGUUUCACCACUCAAUGACGAAAUGUUAUUGAUUGUUGAUGAAAAAAUUCUCGAAGAGGAGAUUAAAGGCAGGCCCCCAGAACGUGCACCCCCUGCCCUCAAAACAAUCGCCCCGAAAAAAGUCAAAGAACAAGGUCUAGAAUACUUCCUCGUCAAUCUCGAUCCAAAAGUAUUAGAAAGUCAAAAACACACCAAACUCACUCGUCUCCUUCAAAAAUACAGGGCUAGGAAACUGAAAUGGGAACGUCGCGAAGAAGAGUGGGAAGAAUUUCUCGCUAAAAAACCUGUGGCGGGGGUAAAUCAUCCCGACGAUGAUGUCACAUUAGAAGAAGCUAAAGUCUCAAUCGGCAAUUAUAAAUUAAAAUCGGAUAAAACCUACAAGGCGACCAAGGAAAAGCGAGAAACGACUGUUAAGAAAUACAAAGAGUUGCUUUUGUCUAGAGUUAAGCAAUCUAAAACUAGGCUUAAUUUUAACGAAAAAGUUUGCGAUUUACGCGAUGAAAAAAUAACAAUUAGGGAAGAAUUACAAGCAAUGAAAGAAAAAUUAAAAGAAAUACAUAAAGAAAUUCCUGGAGAUCGUCAAAAAGAAGCUCCGACUGUUCGAGAAUCGGAAGACUGUGAAUUUCCGGAGAAGCAUUUUGAAAUUACCGUUUCUUUGGUGAUGGAAGAAGAGGAUUAUGAUGAAAGAAGUAGCAAAGAACCGGUAAUUGUCACCGAACCAAAGGAUUUUGAUACUAUUGAAAAAAAUGUUUUGCCGAAAAAUACAAAAAAAUUUGACGCAAAAGAAACCUGCGAUAUUGCUCUUCUCGAUUUCGAAUCUUUGUGUAAUUUUUCAAAAAAUGAUAAAAAAGACACCUUGUGGGAACACGAUACUCGCACGAGAAGGCUGCAAAGAAAGCUUUUCGAACAAGAUAUGAUCAUCGAUGAAAUGAACCGGAAAAUCAUCGAGUUUGAUGAUAAAGUAGAAAAGUUGAAUACCGAAAGAUUCCAAGUUGAAGUUGAUGCAAAAAUUAUAGAUAUUUAUAUGGUGACUGUGCACCAAGAAUUGCUCAUUUUGAAAGAAUUUGAAGCUUUGGAAUUCACACUUCAGUCGAAAGUAAAUCAAAAAAUUUCCGAAGUUUUAGAUAUGCGAGACAUUAUCGACGACAUAGGCUCGAAAAUUGUUGAGCAUAAUUCGGAAAUUGAGAAGGCACAAGAGAAGAUUAAAUCAUUAACAAUGACUUUUAUAAAUGCGGUCCAAGAUAACAAAUUUUUUGAUUUUUUGAAAAAAGUUUUUCGGAAAAAAUACAAACCGCCGAAGGUGCACAAGGAAGACGAAUCGAGCUCUGAAUCGUCAUCAUCGUCAACGUCAACGACGGAAUCUGACGAUGAUGGCAAAAGUAUCGAUUCGCGGGAUUUCGGGAUUAUAAAACAGGAUUUAAAUGUUUGUCCGAAAGGGUGUGAUCCCAAUGUUUACGAAUAUACAGUCAAUUCGCGUUCGGAGAGACAUCAAGUUGAACUUUUAAUCAAAGAAGUAUUAAAAACGAUUGAAGUGUUGAAAAAGGACCUCGAGAUACAUAACAAGAAGGUGAAAGUUAUUGAAAAGGACUUGCACACGUCUCAAGAUGAAUUGGAAAAAUAUCAAAGACAGAAACAGGACAAAUUGAACGAAGUCAGGACUACUGUAAUCUUGCGUUUAGAUCAAAUGAAGCAUUUGGCGGAAGAUUACAAGACUAGUGGGAUUAUGGACACUCUUGUUUUUUCAAAAGAGCGUCUCUCUUAUCUUUAUAAAAGAGUCGAAGAGUUGCAAAUCGAAACUGAGCACCAAGUUGGUCGACACAGACUUAACGUCAAACACUACACUCGAAUGCAAACCGAUUGUAGAUACAUGGGGACAAAAAUCAAAUACUUACAAGAAGUAAUAACCGAUAAAAUGAAAAUGAAAUUUGGUAAAGUCAUAGAUAUUAACGAAAUCGAAGAAGCGAUGCUUAAGCGCACUUUCGGUCGAGACGAUUUGCACGAUUUGGAGGAAGUCCUCUUGAAGAAAAUCGUCCAUGAUUUGCGCUUGUCCAUGAUGGACAUUAAAGGCAUGUACAUAGACCAGUUGCAUUUUUGGAAAGAAAAAAUUUCACUGACUCAGAAAGAACUGACGUACGCGUUACGUCACAAUACGUCUCAGCAAGAACUGCUGACGUAUUUGGUGAACGAAAAAGUCGAAUUGGCUCAGAGUCUGAUGAGUCAAGAGAAGAAAAAAGCACACAUUGCCAGUGUUGGUGACACUACACGAAAAUACAGCGAAGAAAUCGAAAAGUUGCAAGCUAUUAUUUCAGAGCAAAACCAACAAAUACAAGAAUUGAAAGACGAAAUUAAGUUAUUGAGGACCAAAGGAAUGGUCCUCAAGCCGAAAGAAGUGAAGAAGGAAGAACCGGAAGAAGAGAAAGUGUCGUGGGAGCAUAUCAAGGAUUGGGGAGAGGAGGUUGAAGAGGAAGAGGAGAGUUUGAGGAAGCCUUUCUCGACAGAAAUCGUGAUCCCAACAACUUUAGAAGAGAAGUCGCAAGAGGUCGCAACUGAACUGAUCCAAGAAAUGCUCGAUGCUCUAGAUGUGAAAUUGACGCAAAGGUCGAACGAGAAUUUCGUUAAGGAGAUCUUGGGGUCGGUGAUGCGUGGGUUAAGUAUGACGGAACUUGUCGAAGAGUUAGUCCGGAAUUUGCCGAUCGAACCCGAUGAUGUCCAAAGAGGCAUUAUUGAGACCACUGCAGAGCAACUUUAUGUGGUCCAAGAACCCGAUAUUGAGGCUGAUGAUAGAUUCUUCUCGUGUCGGGAAAUUCUAGAAGAUAUCGUCGACGAGGUUUUGCUCACCAAGGGCGAGCCAAACUCGGUUAUGGCCCGAAUGAUCACGAAACUAGUCGAGCAACUUCCACUUGAUUUUCUUAAAGAGCGAUCCAGUAUCGAAUAUGUCGUUAAAAGAAUGGUAACCAGCGAAUUAGAUGUUCAGUUAAAUCGUUCCGAUACUAUGAGUAUGUUACACAGUAAAGAAGCGCGAGAGAUUUUGGAUGAAAUAAUACAAGUCGUUUUUGAUUCCGGUCUCGAUUUAUUAUAUGUGAUUGAAGAUGAUUAAAAAUUCUAUAAAAAUAUUCAAUACGCAAGGAAUUUAUUUAUCAUUUUUGAGGAGGGACAAGUACUGAUUAAGAAACAGUUCUUCUUGGACUAAAGUCAGAUCUAAAUGGUCGUCAUCCACCAUGGAAAUAUCACCUGCGAUUCUCUUGAAGGCUUCAUCUUUUUUUUCUUUUUUUGCUAUAUCGACUGUUUGCGAAUUCGAAUCUGAGUAAAUAAAUACAGUAGAGUGGAAUAAAA